AUGGCCUGGGUAUGCCCAUGUGGCUUUACCAAUCGCGAGACGAAUACCAUUUGCGGUGGCAGUGGCCGCCUGGGCUGCAAGCAGCCCCGCAGCUAUGGUCACUAUCCGCCGCCGCCUGAGCCCCGCAGCUAUGGCCACGGUGGACCCGGCGGCUACGGCCACGGCGGCCACGGCGCGGGGCAUGGGCUGGGUCCCACCGUCAUGACGGAAGCGGAGCUCUUGGAGAAGAUGAGUCGCGAGGCUCAGGCUCAGCGUCCACAAUUCGAUCCACUGGAGGACUUGAGCCGUCGCUUACUCGACAGCUUCCGCGAUGGUGGCGGCCUGGGCCCCCUGAGCCGUCCCAGUCGGUCGCCCACCCUGGCACCGGCGCCGGCGCCGCUGGCGGCGGAUCCGGCCAUUGCGGCGGUGUACCAAAAUCACCAGGAGAUUUCCCGUCCACCACAUCCACCGGGCUUGGCGCCAAUGGAGGAAUUGCUGCCACCGCCCCCACCCCCUCCGCCAACGUCGCCGCCAGCGGUGGCCACGGCACCAGCACCGGCGCCUGCCCCCGCACCGGCGGUGGAGACAGCGCCGGAGACGGUGCUGGUGGAGACAGUGGUGCCGGAAGCGGCACCGGAAGCGCCUCCGGAAGAGCAGACUGAGGUGCUCACGGAAUGGAUGUGUCGCUGUGGAUUCCGAAAUCGCCCCUCCAACAGCACUUGCGGCGGAACUGGACAUUUGGGCUGCAGUUUGCCGAGAAGUGCGGGCGAGAUGUUAAUGAAUGGAGGAGCCCUUCCGGCUGGCAGCGCCUGGCAGUGCACCUGCGGCUUUCGCAAUCGAGCUACGAACACUCGCUGCGGCGGCACAGGAAGUUUGGGCUGCCGCGCCCUGCGUCCAGACCUCGAGUCCAGCCGCGUGGCCGCCGAAGCCGCCGCCGCGGCAGAAAGUGCCGAGGGCACGGGCGGCACGGGGCCUGGGGAAGGCUCACCUACACCAGCCCUGGAAUUGACACCCGCUCUGACCGGCUCCUGGAUUUGUGGCAGCUGCGGAUGGAAGAACCACGCUGGCAACGAUCGCUGCGGUGGCGUGGGGCCUUUGGGAUGCAAGUUACGGCGUGAGGAACCAUCUCUGGAGGUCAAGAGAGAGGAGCCCUGGCAUUGCAGUGCCUGUGGCGCUCCCAAUGCGGCGACGGAGAUGAUGAACUGCAAGUCUUGUGGAACAUUCAGGCGUUUCAAGGGCAUCUUGAAGUCUAUAGGGAACGACUAUGGCUUCAUCUCCUGUGCUGAAACAUCCCAGGCCUAUGGUCGCGAUGUGUACGUGAGCAAAGCCAUCUUGGAAGGCGCCUUCCGUCGAGGUGGUGGUGCGACCAGCGGUGUUGAAGUGAGUUUCCUGGUUUGCCUCAAUGAAACUGGACAGCCGAAUGCGCGGCAGCUUUUGGCACAGCAAGGGCCCAACGAAGAGGAGCAGGAACUGGAAGGCACCGUCAAAUACGUGUCCCAAGAGAAAGGCUAUGGUUUCAUCGAGUGCCAGGAGAUUUGGGAUUCCUAUGGCGGUGACGUGCACGCGGAUUAUGAGCAGCUGCGACUGUGCUCCUUGGGGCAGCCCGUGAGGUUUCGAAUAAGGCUGGGUCAGAUCGGCGGUCGUCCCCAAGUGAAGCAGCUCUCCAUCGCCGGGCCGCCACCUGAGAAGCUGCCGGCGACUUCAGAGUCGCUGGCAGCCAGCCUGGUGGCAGAUGCCUGGAAGAAUGUGCUGCUGCUGGGCGAAGGCGAUUUCUCUUUCGCCUCCGCGGCCGCGGUGCUACACGACGAUUGUCAGUUGGAUGCCACCACGGUACCCGUCCGCAUCGCCGCCAUCGCCAUGGCGACCCUGGCGGAUCUCGACGCCUGCGGCCUGCCCUUGGUCGCUGGGCCGCCCUGCCUGCUGCGUGGAAGCGGUGGAAGGACCGAGGCAGCGCCAGGUCUACCAGCACCAGCUGAAGGCGUCCCUACUGCAUUCACCUGCAUGAGCUAUAACGUCCUGCUGCCCAACAGCCAAGAUGGCUGGUGGAUCUACAAGUACUACCGCGACGCGCAGGGCGCCCACACCGAGUGGCCUCAACGGCAAGAGCUGCUGCAGAAGCAGAUUCAGCAGGUGGACCCGGACAUCCUGUGCCUCCAAGAAGUCUCAGAUCUUUCCUUCGACGAAGACUUUGGUUUCUUGAGAGAUGCUGGCUACGAAAUCUUGAUGCAUGAAAAGAAGGGCCGCAUGCGGCCCGCCACCUGCUGGCGUCGUCGCUGGAAGCUGCUCUCAGCGCAGCACAAGGACCGCAGCCUGAUCCUGGCGCUGCAAGGCCCCGCGUCGUCGUCGUCCGUGCUCUUCGUGGUCAACGUGCACUUGACCGCCGGCCCCGCGGCGGAUCGACGCCUGCGACAAGGCACCGAGGCCCUGGAGGCGGUGGAGAAGGAGAUCAAGAAACUCGAGCUCCAGGCGGAAAGUGUUCCCAUCGUGUUCUGCGGGGACUUCAACAGCCAGGGCUCCAGCGCGGUGCGGCAGCUGCUGACGCAGGGGCAGGUGCUGCCGGAGUUCCGGGAGAGCGGCGAUCCCACGGAGCGGGCGCAGGAAGGGAAACAAAUCACCUCGAAGGUGAGGAAGCACAACCUCGCAACGUUUCAGGAUGCCGCAGAAGCCGCUGGUAGCCCACAGGCAACCAUCUUGGUGCAGAAGAUCGAUGAAAAAAUGAAGCAGACCGACGGUUCUCUCACUCCAGAGAUGCAACGCGCGUUGGAUUUAGCCUUUGAACGCUGCACCACGCAGCAGGUGAUGAAUGCGGAGGAGGUUGAGAAGUUCCUUCUCAAGAUCAACCGAAAGCUGGGCCGUGGCAGCGAGUUUCGCUUUGUCGAGAAAGUCUUUGAGACGAAGGGAAAGAAAGAGCUUUCGCGUGAGGAGUUCCAUGCCUUGUAUGCCGCCGAACUUGCAGAGGGAAAGUUUUGGGGCGUGGAGCACGACCUCCGAGAGUUGUUGGGUCGCGGCAUGGCGGAGCCAUCGGAGGGUCCCUGCGAGCUGCGCUUCGACUAUGUCUAUUUCACGCCUAAGAACUUGACGCUUCUGGGGGUGCAGCAGAUCUUGACUGCAGAGCAGCUCCAGCAGAUCCAUGGCGAACCCUACGAGACCUUGCCCAACCGCUGGCAUCCCUCGGACCACUUGUUGGACGAAGAGCAAUGGAAGGAGCGCUUCUCGGAGCACGAAGUCUGCGUGGACAGCCUGCGGAAGAUCGGACACACGGUGCGUUUUGGAGUGGACGCGCGGGAGGAGAGUUGCGCGAAGUAUUCCAUGGUGAUGUUUAACUUCCCCGCUGUCUCCAUGCAAGACUGCAAGGAUGACAAGGAUUUCAAGCCAGAGAAGGCAGGACAGAUCAACGGCGAGUUGAUCCUUGACUUUCUGAAGAACGCACAGGCCACCUGCGAUCCUGGCACCCUGCUGAUCGUGGGACUGUGGGGUCGUUGCGACGGCCUGGCGGAUCGACGGCUCUAUGGCCAGGAUGCCCACGAAUUGAUCGCUUCCGCUUUGAGUGCUGACGCUGGCGCAAUGGGUCUCCAGUUGGAAGACGCCUUGACAGUUGGCUUUCUGCGGAGCGGCGUUCAUGCGGACUACAACUUCUACAAGCGUUAUACAGAGGAAGGCUAUGCCUUUCGCAGCAGUUCCGGUUCCGCUUCAUUUGAUUCUUGGGCCACGUUUGCGAUUGGCCUGUUUCGUGCUCAGAGCGGUCGCCGCGGAGCAAAAGAAAUUUCGGGACGACCGGCUGCCGCCGGCUGGGAGGGUGAGCUCUUAAUGGGGCUGGAGCUGAAGGCCCAACUGACAGAGGAUCGACCCAUCCUCCGGUCGACUUCUGAGAGCGGGCUGAAGCACAUGAAACGUUACAAGGAAGCCUUAUGUGACAAGGUGCACGAAAAGGAUCUCCACAUGGAGGAAGGCAAGAGAGGUGUCAGUUCAGAUCAACCAGUCAGCUUCACCUCUGGCUCCAAGGAGAUCAUCUCCACCGGGCCAUUGAUGGUGCCGCCCUCCGGGCCGUCGAACUCGGCGCUCUCCACUCGUCCAGUGUCGCCCGCCCCAGGCGCCCCCGUCGUGGCCAACGCCUACGCCGGUGGGGCGGCUGGUGGUCUGUGGCUGGUGGUGCUGUGCUUCAUCAUCCUGGACGCCUUGAAACCCAUCCUGGUGACCUGGGCGAACCAAGGGCAGUUGGUGGGCGAACCCAGUUUCAUUCAGGGUACCUUCGUUCUCGUCCAAACCUUCCUCUCGCUGUUGGUGGGUCUUCUGAUAGCUCUUGGCCCUUGGAUCUCGGACGUCGGCCUCAGUUUGCAUCCUGAGUGGUGUUCGCGGCUUUUGCGCUGUCUCGAUCUCCAGGCCAUGGUGCGACAGCUGCCAGUAGCGGUGUGUCUUUGUCUCAGCAAACUGCUGCUGGUUUACUCCCUGGGUCGGCUGGAUGCAGGAACUGUGCGUGUCUUCGGGCAAGCGAGUUUGCCACUGGUGGGAGUCAGCACCGCCUUGUUCUUCAAACGGAGGUACACCUUGCAGCAAUGGUGCAGUUUGAUCGCCGUGUCUUUAGGACUGGUGACCUUCUACUUUGUGAAAGCUGAGGUGGAAACCUCUUGGUCUCCUCGGAGGAUCGAAUUUGUUGGCAUCCUGUUGGUUUUGGGUUCCAUAUGUUUUAACUGUUUGGGAGCCCUUUUAGUGGAGAAGUUCCUGAAAGCUCAUGGCCAACUCUAUGAACAGAAGGCACAGCUUCUUUUGGGCGAAGUGCUGGUGAAUUCCUUCCUGGUCUUCGUCGCACCAUUGUUCAUCCGAGACCCAGAGGUCCGGGCCUUGACCUCCCCUUGGGAACGUGGCUUCUUCGUGGGCUGGGAUCGUCGUGUCUUGGCCUGCGCCAUCCUGUGGAUUCCUGCCGGAUGGACCGCCACCAUGCUGGUGAAGCGCUGUUCCAAUGUCUUGAAGACUGUGGCGCAAGCCUCGUCUUCGGUCUUGACCUAUGUCUUCAGCGUGGUGCCAUUGAGCAGCGGCCCUCAAACCUGGACGCAGUUUGUGACCUUCCUGGGGCCCCCGCUGACACCGGAGCCUGUGUCGUCACCGGUGGUUCUACUGGCCAUCAGUGUGAUGAUUUCGGCAUUGACCUUUGGCGCUGAUCGCAGAGAGCCGAGCCGUUCCAAAAUGAGGAGGCCUCCAAGCACAUCAAGGUCAAGCAAAGACGAGGUGCCGGAGACUUGGAAGGUGGAUGGCUCCUAUUUGCAGGCCUUGCCGCGAUCUCGGCAAAGCAGCGAAAGCGGGCGAUGA